UGCCAUAUGACAUUCACAUGACAUAUGCACGGGGUUUUAAAUAAAUGAAAACCUUACCUAAUCAUCAAACGUAUUGAUCCAUCGAACGUAUUGAUUAUUUUGGUUUUACCAUACCCGAACGCAUCCAAGGAGUGGUCCUACAUUAAAAGAUGCUAAGGUUCCUGAUUUUCACUCUGGCCAUCGCCAUGGCCUCGGCCAGCACAGAGGCCAACUGGUGUGUGUUCAAGGCCAAACACAACAAAACCUACACAGGGGACGAUGACGUCAUUAGAUGGUACAUCUGGCAAUCAAACCUGAAGAAAAUCGAAGAACACAACGAGUUGUACGCUAAAGGUCUCAAGAGUUAUUACCUCAAGGAGAACAAGUACACGGAUAUGACUAGUGAGGAAUUCGUUAAAAUCAUGAACGGAGUUCGAAUCCAGAAGACUUUGACCCCCAAAAACUUUAACAGUGGCCUUCUGAAGGACGUUCUGCCUAAAUCAGUCGACUGGCGCAAGAAGGGUUACGUCACCAAGGUCAUGGACCAGGGUCAGUGUGGGUCAUGCUGGGCCUUUGCCGCCAACGGUGCCAUCGAAGGUCAGCACUUCAAGGCCACCGGGAAACUGGUGCAGCUGUCCGCCUCCAAUCUCAUGGACUGUUCACAGAAAUAUGGAAACCAAGGCUGUAAUGGCGGCUUUAUGGAUCAAUCAUUCCAAUAUGUGAUCGAUAACAAGGGAAUCGAUACAGAAAUCAGUUAUCCAUACAAACCAGAGACUAGAAAAUGUGCCUUCAAGCGAGCAACCGUCGGUGCCACAGAAAAAUCCUACAAGGACAUCGAGUCUGGCAGUGAGAACGCUCUACAACAAGCUGUGGCCACGGUCGGGCCCGUCAGUAUAGCCAUGGACGGUAGCCACUCGUCCUUCCAGAUGUACGGGGGUGGGGUCUACGACGAGCCUGCCUGCAGCUCCACCCAGCUGGACCACGCCAUGUUGGUUGUGGGCUACGACAGUCUGGACGGCAAGGACUACUGGACGGUCAAAAACAGUUGGGGAACGACCUGGGGAGAUGAAGGUUACAUCCUGAUGUCCAGGAACAAGAAGAACCAGUGUGGUAUCGCCACCAUGGCCAGCUACGCCCUGGUGUGAAGUCAACCUGCUCCCCGUGUCUGUUGUCUUGUACGUCCGCACACUUUCAAGCCUAAUAUUCUAAUUUUCAUUAUCCACUUUGUGACGCUCUAAACAUAAUUUCAUGUACAACUUAAAUAAAAAUUUUACCAAAAUUAAA